CUGUACUACUGCGAUAACAGACACAUGCUUCCAGCACUGAGCGAGCAGAGGCGAGCAGACCCGAGGCGGAAGAGCUGUCAUGGAGCUGAGUUCAUUGCUCAAAGUCAUCUGGAUGAGACAGCAUGAGUGAAAGUGUGUUUCUCAUACACUAGAUCGGAUUUACAGGAAUCAGCUGAUCCGAGUGUUUUGGUACUUCACAGUUGUUUACCUGUCUGCCGGGUUAUGAGGGGUCUGUGGUCGGCCUGAAGAUGGGUGAUCUCUCGGUUAAUAGCUCCAUCUUCAGCAGCAGGAAUGGAUCUGACGCCCCCUCCGUCCCACCCAGCAUGUCAAUUGACAAGCUCCUUCCAGCCCUGCUCGAGUGUUUUGGGAUCAUUCUCUGCGGAUACGUCGCGGGCCGUACAAACAUCAUCCCAGCGACACAUGCUAAAGGACUGGGCAGCUUUGUGUCCAAGUUUGCGCUUCCAGCUCUGCUUUUCAAAAACAUGGUGCUGCUGGACUUUGGCGAUGUAAUCUGGCCUUUUUUCUUUAGUAUUUUGGUGGCUAAAGUGACCGUGUUCUUCUUUGUGUGUGUCCUCACACUUUUGGUGGCGGACAGAGAGAGCCGUUUCUCCAAAGCUGGCCUCUUCUCCAUAUUUGCCACACAGAGUAAUGACUUUGCUCUGGGGUUCCCUAUAGUUGAAGCUCUGUACCGCAACACUCAUCCUGAGUAUCUUCAGUACAUCUACCUGGUUGCUCCCGUCUCACUCAUGGUCCUGAACCCACUAGGCUUUGCGUUCUGUGAGGUGCAGAGGCGGAGAACUGGAGAACCUCAGCAGCAGAGUAAGCUGCAAGUGCUGGGUUUGGUGCUCCUUCAGGUGGUCAAGAACCCUAUUGUCUUUAUGGUGGUGAUUGGGGUCAUUUCUCACUUCCUGCUGGGCCAGAAGAUCCCGGCCUUCAUGGAGGAGUUUGUAGAUGGUCUGGCAAACUCAUUUGGAGGAGCAGCGCUGUUUUAUCUGGGUCUAACCAUGGUGGGGCAGCUGAAAAAGCUUACCCGCUCCACUGUGGUGGCACUUAUUCUCCUCAUCACAGCAAAACUGCUGGUGAUGCCUCUGAUCUGUAGAGGGAUGGUUGAGGUUUUGGACCGUGGAAGCAGAAGCUCGAUGAACCACAGCAGUCUGUCAAACUACGCUUUCCUGUAUGGAGUCUUCCCCACUGCACCUAGUGUGGCCAUAUAUGCGUCACAUUACAACAUGGAGCUGGAAGUGGUGACCUCAGGGAUGGUGAUCGUCACGUUUCUGUCUGCUCCCAUCAUGUAUGUGUCUGCCUGGCUGUUGACCAUCCCGUGGAUGGACUCGGAUCCACUAGCAUCAGCGCUGCAGCACGUCAGCUUCAACAUCAGCAUUAUCAGCCUCUUUGCAUUGGUGUGGAGUGUUGCAGUCAUGCUACUGAGCAGAAAGUUUCACAGAAUUCCUCACAUUUUCACCAUUAACCUCUUUGUGGCGCAGUUAUUAGCCUGUGUUGGGAUGAUCGCGUGGAACUUCAUGGCAGAGCAGGACAACUUCCUGGGUCAGGUGUUGACCUUUACUCUACUGUACGGCUCUCUCUACAGCACCUAUAUUUGGCCUGGUCUGAUCGCUCUGUCUCUGCUCCUCAUGAGGAGACGUAAGGAGGUGAACUUCAGGCCAGGGCUCACUGUGAUCACUGGCUGGGGUGUCCCGGUUCUGGCUGUCAGUGUCCUCCUCCUGACAGGGGAAAGAUUGCCAAACACUAUCGACUCUGCAUUCUUUUAUGGAAAGACGCAGGUGACGUGCACGUCUGUGGUGUUAUUCGUGAGCAUUGUGCUGUGUGGCGUCUCGCUCACACUACUCAGCAGACGAACUCAAGACUCUCACAGCCUUGAACGUGGAUCACUGUCUGACAGCGAGGAGGACACACACACAGAGCAGCCCGGUGCUACAGGCAGCAUCAACACAGACUGUCAGGCGUGCGAGUGUGCGUGUGGCCGUCUGCAGUCCGUGCCUGACAUGACGAGCACCAACGAGGAAGCAUCCAUCCAAACAGGUCAGUGUAGCCAGCAGUGCACAUCCACAAGCUGUCUGCUGGUCGAAGAGGAACAGAAAGUGGCAGACAGACAGAACACAGAUAUACAGUCGACGAGACAUGUGCUUGUGUGUCUGUUACUGACCGUCAGUCUGCUCGCUAAUCUCUCCAGCUGUCUGUGGUGGCUCUUUAAUAAAGAUCCAGGGCGGCUGUAUCUGGAGCUGCAGUUCUUCUGUGUGGUGGCCAACUUUGGGCAGGGUCUCAUUUCAUUUGCCUUUUUUGGCCUCGACAAGCAUUUGAUUAUUUCUCCGUUCAAAAAGAGGUUAGUGCGCCUGUGGCAGGGUUGGGGUCAGGAGGUCACAGGCUCUGCAGCGUCCGAGGAGAUCAGACUGACCUGUACUCAGUUCCUCACAUAUCACAAGGAGCAGUGUGUCAGAGACAUCGUUCACAAGAAAAGGUGUGGACAGAGAAGCACCACAGAGGCGUUUCUGGGCAGUGAUAUGGUGCGCUGGCUGCAGAGCGUGGGAUUGGCCAGCGACUCGGGGGAGGCUCUGGCGUACGGCUGGCGUCUGCUGGAGGGAGGAGUCAUUCAACACAUCACUCUCGAGCACGGCUUCCAGGAUGAAGCUCUGCACUACUGCUUCACGUAGACGAGCGAAUCGCUUCUAAGGCUGGCAGACACACAUUUUAGCCGAUGACACAGCACACACAUUUCAGUGAAUUAUUUAUUCUACCGAUACUACUAGCAAUAACCAGAUGUGAAAGUAGUUGGUUAAAAUGAGGUCUUGAACACUUUAGCUACCUCACACAUACCGGAUGGCAAAGGGGUGACUGGAAAUCCUGCUCAUCUCUCUUAGUGUUUUUUAUUAUUAUUUCGACAUCAUUAUUAUUGUUGUUAUUAUUGAACUGCCUGACAUAAUCAUUUCACAAUUUUAUUUAUCCAUAACGGAUAGAAUUGAGUUGAAUGUGAAGUCUAAGGUUUACAGCUGAUUCUGCACCACACAGGCUGUUGUUGCAGUUUUGUAAUGAGAUUAUUUUCCUUUUUUUAACAUUAUUAUUUUGUGGACAGUUAGUGAGUUAUUUUUAUGUUUAAGUCAAUUUACAGUUUCCGCAAUAAAACAUUUCUCUGGAUGAA